CUCUCAGGGAUACGCAUAAUCGACCUCACUCAGGUGCAGGCCGGGCCGUCGUGUACUCAAUUGCUGGCGUUCCUGGGCGCCGACGUCAUCAAGGUUGAACAGCCUGGCGUCGGUGACCGGACACGCCAUGAGCGAGCCGUUUCGGAAGACGUAGAUAGCUUCUACUUCAUCGUCUUCAACGCCAACAAGCGCAGCGUCACGCUCAAUCUGAAGACCGAGCGAGGUCGAGCAAUUCUGCUCGACCUCGUCUCCCGCGCUGACAUUGUCGUCGAGAACUACGGUCCCGGCCAGAUGGAGCGGUUCGAUCUGGGCUUCGACACGCUCAAGCGGGCAAAUCCGAAGAUUGUCUACUGCACCAUCAAGGGCUUCGGCAGCUACGGCCCGAACGCUCACGUGAAGAGCUUCGAGCACAUCGCCCAGGCGAUGGGCGGCGCCAUGAGCGCCCAGGGUGAGCCGGGUCGCGAGCCGAUCUUCGUGGCCCCCGGCGUUGGCGACUCCGGCACCGGUCUCCACGCGGGAAUAGGUAUGCUGGCCGCGCUCAGACAGCGGGACGCGACAGGCGAGGCCCAGCGGGUCGAGGUUGCGAUGCAGGACGGCAUAGUCAACCUCAUGCGUAUUCGCAUGAUCGACACGUUCAACACGGGCAAGCCAAUCCAGCGUGAGGGCAAUCGCACCUGGGGAGGCCCGACAGUCGUGUAUCCGUGCAAGCCGGGUGGUCCCAACGACUACGUGGCGCUGAUUCUCGCAGGCGAUGCCUGGGACACUGUGCUCGCGCUGGCUGGUCGCGCCGACCUGAUCGGAGAUCCCCGUUACGCCACGACGGAGGCUCGACAGGAGCACGGGCCCGAGGGUAGAGGAGAUAGUCAGCUCGUGGACCCGCACGGUCACCAAACACGAGGCUAUGAAUACCUUGACCGAACUGGGUUUUCCGGCGGGCGCAGUGCAGGACUCGCUGGAAGUCCUUGA